AUGUCGAAAAGAGGCAAACGUGGUGUUGCUUCUUUUCAAAAGAAUUAUAAAGAGGAGGAUUAUAAGGUAGAUUUUGACAAAAAUAAUCGCCCGGUGGGUGCAAUGAGUUCUCCAUUUAUGUCAUGGUUUGGGCUGAAAGUUAGACAAACGUUUCCAUAUCAUAUUGAUACGAAGGAUUUUGAAAGAAACCGGUGGGAAGAAUUAUGGUUGGAUACCAAGAGGUUAUGGAAUAUUCAAACUGAUGGGGCAAAAAAGUUUAUGCUUAAAAAAGCAAAGAAGCUUUGUACAAAAUUCAGAAGCAGGCUUGUUAUCAACUAUGUUAAUAAAGGAAAAAGGCCUUUUGAGAAAUAUGCAUAUCUCGAUCCUGCGCAUUGGGAUGAAUUCGUUCAGAAAAAGACAAGCAAAGAAUUUUUGGAUAUAAGCGAGAAGGCCAAAGCAAGUGCAAACGCGAACACAAACUUCUCCCGACUAGGACGAACUGGGUUUGCGGGAUUGGAUGCUAAAACCGAUAUCAUAUGGCCUCUACUUGAAGCAAAGUAUCCAUAUCUUAAAACUAUACAAGAUAAACGUGCCAAAGCGUGGAUAAUGAGUAAAAAAAUAAAAAACCCAGAAACUAACUCGUAUGAACUUGCACCAGAUUCGCAUGAAACAAUCGAACGUUUGGUCCGCACCGAGAGAGAGAUGAUAGAAGAUGGUAGUUAUUUUGCCGGAAAGGAUGACCCGAUUGUUAGAGUUAUGGGACGUGAACACGGCGGAAGAACACGGGCAGUCUCCGAGCUUAUAGGUUCAACACAGGUUCAUGGAGGAUUGUUCAACAAUAGUAAAAAGCGAGCAAGAAGGUGCAAUAGUUUGGAUGCGAACAAGGAGAAAGGCUCGGUAUCAUGGGUGGACAAGAAUUCCGGUGGACCGAUCAUAUCCUAUCCACCUAUCGAGAAAUUGACACCAUGUGAGAUGCUUUUUCCAUUCCAAGUUAGUGAUGAGUUGACGGUGGCUAUAGGGCAGAUAUGGCCAACUUCUGAUAGGAUUCUACAUGGCAAACUAAUAAGCGAGGGUUUUGUAAAAGUUCAAGUAGAUAACGUCAUUGAAGGUUGCGAGAAAAUGCCUGUUCUUGAAGUAACUAAAACUGUGGACAUUAAAUGUGUUGGAGACAUGCUUCACUGUUUUGUUCAAUGGCCAAGGGAUGCAGUAAAGAUUGUGAACAAGGAAACAUCCAGCAGAUUGAGGAAGACCCGUAUGAACUACAAAUGCCUAUUCAACAAAACAUUGAUCAGAUGA